CGUUCGUUAGUACGCAUCAUCAUUUGAGAAUAUGAGCCAUUUUCUAUAGCUGUGAAAUAAAAUUAAAUAAAGUUAACAAUGAAACAGAUAAUCAUUGUUAUUUUCUUAGUGGUUGUUUGUUUGAGUGAACAUUAUACUUACGGGAAAUUGAAACGAAAUAAAUUAAAUAGUUGUUAUAAUGAGAAAAUAAUAAGAAAAAAGAAUAAUGUGAAACAAAACAUUUGGAAGCAGGAUCUAACAACAACGAAUUCUUCAUUUGUAACAACGAAUCAAAUAUCAGCAACAAAGCAAGGACCUUGCAAUUGCGGUGGCGGUAUAUGUGCAUGUUGUUCCCGACUUUUGUUCAAUGUAUGGAAACAAACAGCAUGUGUUAGAGUUAGUUACGAUCCCGAUGAGUUUAGUUUCACUGCAAAAAUUUUAAUGAAUGAUGUAAUUUUGUAUACGAGAUCCGUUUCAGGAAAAAAUCCAAGGCCAAUUUGUGUUCCUGUUCCUAGAUUUCCAAUAGUGAGAGCAUGUCUACGAUUUUACAACAUUUACUUUCAAGGAAGAAAUGUGCAUGCCUGUAUGAACAUGGAAGGAAAGUUCCGAGAUACCAUCUUAUUUAAGGUGGAAUUAGAUUGCAUGAGAUUUGGCUCAAAAGGUCUUGCUUUUGUGAAACCUGAAGAUGGUGGUGGACUAGGUCAAAUUGUCCUUUUACCCGAAGGUAUUAAUGAAGGUGACGAGUAUGGCGAUGAUGAUUAUGAUGAAGAAGACGACGAUGACGAUGAUGAUGAUGAUGACGAAGGCCUCUUCGAUUACUGAUUAUAGUUAAAAAUCUGCAAGUUUAUUUAUUGUUUAAUUAUUUAUUUUGAAGAUAAACGGGACAAGCCAUUUACGUACAAAAGUAUACUGUUACAUAUACUGAAGUUACACAUUAUAAACUAAUAUAUAUCAAAAAUACAAAAUAGGUUGGCAUUUACGAGUUAUGGUGUAAUAUAAUUCUUCGUAAUAAUGCGGUGAAUCUCUCCAAACUAUUUUAAAAGAAAUCAACAUCAUCAGAGAUAUAGACUUUGCUUCUCUACUAAGUCUAUUAUAACCAAAGAAUUAUGUAUUACCAUAAUUGGUUCUAUGAUAUACCCAGGUGAAACGAUUCUACGGAAAUCACUCCACGGAAAUUCCAUACGGAAUUCCGCAAAAAUUCUAUACGGAAUUCCGCAAAAUUUUGAAAGUAUUCCUUUCGUAAUUUUGCGAAUUUUUUUGGAAGAAUUCCAUACAGAAUUGCACAAAAUUUUCAAUAAAAUUCCACAACUUUAUUUUUUGCUGAUUUUUUUGUGAUUUUAAAAUAACUGCUGCUACUAUAACGAAAACUAGUCGACGAUGAUGUUCCUGGUGGAUAUAAUAUAGAAUUUAUGAUAGAUUAAUUAAUAUCUACUCUCUAAAUCUGAAUAAGUGAAAUUUCACUUAAAAUGUGUCAAAAGUCUUCCACGUAGAAAAAUAAGUGCAUAUACACUUAUUUUUCUACGUGGAAGACUUUUGACACAUUUUAAGUGAAAUUUCACUUAUUCAGAUUUAGAGAGUAGUCGAACUUAUUUGAGAGGUCAAUAAAACGUUUUCCAAAAGAAAUUUACUAUUUUUCAGUCAACUAACUAACGGUAGUUGAAUUUCUCGACUAAUUUUUUUUUCAGUGUAUCCACCAGCAGUUAUUUUAAAAUUACAAAAAAAUCAGUAAAAAAUACACUCAAUAAAAAAACUAGUAGAUUUGACUACUUUUUAACAUAGUUCAAUAGGUCCUUAACUGAAUUUAAAAAGUUGUAUGGACUAUUAAAAAGUAGUUAAAAGUACUAAGAAUUUAGUUGGGUCAAGGAGAUUUUGUAACUUUUCUAAUUUUUGAAGUUGAUUUAACUACUUUUGUUAAGUACAAUUAACUACUAAUUCUUAACUCCAUAAAAAAUAGUUAAAUUGACUACACGCACAUAGUUAAAAUAACCAAAAAAGUAGUUACUUUUACUACUUUCAAGUCAGUUAACUAAAGGUAGUUGAGGAUUUCGGCUAAAUUUUUUUCAGUGUACAGUUGUGAAAUUCUAACAAAAAUUUUGUGCAAUUCUGUAUAGAGAUUAUGUGUGUAAUUCUUAUAAAAAAUUCGCAAAAUUACAAAAGAACUUCUUUCAAAAAUUUUGCGGAAAUUUUUGCAGAAUUCCGUAUAUAAUUUUUACGGAAUUCCAUGUGGAAUUUCCAUACGGAAUUUCCGUGGAGUAGUUUCCGUAGAAUCGUUUCACCUGGGUAUGUUACUGUGAACGAGAACAAAAAAAUUUAUCAUGGAAAGCAGAGUAGGGCAAUUAAUAACUUCGUUUACAAGUUUAUAUAAAAAAGCGUGCCUGCAAAAAGAAAUCUUAAUGUAAUCAUAUGCGAAUAUUCAUGAGAAUUCGCAAAUUUUAAUCAUGAAUGUGACUGUCAAAUGGAAGAACAAGUUGAAGUUUAAAUAUUUUUGCAUUUUAAUCUAGGGGAAAUAUUUUCAUAAGUGAAUUUGUUGCUAAAACUAAUCUAUUAAAAAUUCUUAAACCUUUAAGAUGCAUCAAUGCGUGUAUUUGUCCUUAGGCUUCUUAGAGACGUGAAAUUGUAAAUUUUAAGUGGAAAAAAUUUUAAUAAUUAUUAUACCAAGGUAAUACUCCACAAUUGUACAUAAACUAUAAGUAACUCUAAACUCGAGGUUGAAAUGACCCGAAUAAUUUUUUUUUUAAUGUUAUGUAAACAUAUGUAAAAAUUUACUAAAUUUGUCGUUAUUUAUUACUUGUAUUUAUUUAUUUAUUUUUUAACAAUGUGUGUAGGUACAUUUAAUAUAUUAUAGAGGACUAAAAUAUUAAAUCAAAAUUUUUUAUUACAAUAACUGUUAUUGCAAAAUUUUUCUACCUUUAUUUAAUGUUACACAGAUAGUUUUUGGCGUUCGUUUUCAAAUUAGAAAAGUGUAGUUGAAGAGAAGUUGCGAAAUAUUUAAUUUUUAUUUUAUAAAUUACAUAUAACAUGAAAUAUAACUUGGAGUGACGUAAUGAAAAUAAAUGUAUUCUUCAAAUAGAAUUCUAUUAAAAAUUAUUUUUUUAAAAAACUAUUUAUAAUAGUUUGUAAUAUUUUUUUAUAUAUUCUAAGAUUUAAUAUUUGACUAUUGAAAUAUCAUUUCAAAUAAUAAAAUUUAUCAUUUUAAUUAUUUUAAAAAUGUAAAUUUUGAGAGUUAAUAUUACACGUGUAAUUACUGUUUGAAAUUCACAAUCCCUAGUAGAAAUUUGUCGUGGAUGCACUAGAUUGACUCAAGUUACUUGACAGUUUUUCUCGCGGACGCUGAUUCUAGCUGAACUGAUAAAUAACUGUGAAGUUACUGAUCAGUGCUUUUUGAAAGAAAUUCAAGUUGAACUUGAUAAUUCCACGACUCAAAGCUAUCCAGUUUUUUUAAUGGCACUGUCCAGUGCUGCUCGAAAUUAAAUUCAUAUCCUUGUCAUGGCGGUGGCGCUUCAAUAAGUCUAGUAACUGGACAGCUAUGCUAGGAUUUUGUGUAUUGACAUUUCGCUUGCUUGAUUUAAAAAAAUUACAACUUGUUUAUAAAAAUUAAUAAUAAUAAUAUUAAUAUUCCUUUCUCAAAAAAAGACAGUGCAUACAAAACACAUGAAAAUGUAUCGAAAUAUCUCGGUGGUCGAAAAAAUUGAAUUUAAGAAAAAAUGAACUUUGCUUUCCAGAGCAUCUAAAUCAAUAUUCAUUUUAUGAAAAUCACUGUAAAUUAAUGUUCCACAUAUAUAUUUUUUGCAUAACUUAUCUUAUUGCAAUAAAUAUACACUUGCAAAAUA